GCCCCGGCCCGCGCAAUGCGGCAACCGGCGGUACGGCUGCUGCGGCUGAGUCAGGUGCCGUAUGCCGAGCUGCUGGCGCUGCAGGAGCGCUGGCUGCGGCGGCUGCAGGCCGAGCCAGGGACCGAGGCGGGCGCGCUCCUGCUCUGCGAGCCCGCGGGGCCCGUGUACACCGCCGGACUGCGCGGCGGCCUGACGUCCGAGGAGGUGACGCGGCUGCGGGCCUUGGGUGCCGAUGUGCGCGACAUUGGCCGCGGUGGCCUAGCCACCUUCCACGGCCCGGGCCAGCUGCUCUGCCACCCCGUACUCGACCUGCGACCCCUUGGCCUGCGCCUGCGCGCCCACGUGGCGGCGCUGGAGGCGUGCGCCGUGCGCCUGUGCGAGCUCCAAGGCCUACCAGCUGCCCGCGCGCGGCCCCCACCCUACACCGGCGUCUGGCUGGGCGAGCGCAAGAUCUGCGCAAUCGGAGUCCGCUGUGGAAGGCACAUUACAUCUCACGGCCUGGCGCUGAACUGUUCUACGGACCUCACGUGGUUUGAGCACAUUGUGCCCUGUGGGCUGGUUGGGACAGGUGUCACUUCCCUGACUGCCUCUGAAGGGUGAGCAGGGCAGGUAUCCUGGAGGAGACAUGCCUCCAAGAACAGGUGGGUCGACAGAGCUGAGGAGGACGCAGGGCAGAAGGCCAGAUUUAGGCUGAGGCCGGACGUGUGGAAUUGGCUCAGGCCACUGCUGUGGGUUCCUGACUCUCCUUCCUUUCUGGACAGAGCCCACCUACGCUUUCCCACUGGGGCCCUUCCUCAAGGAAGGAAGCUGAGUGUACGAAAGAGGAUAGUUAACACCCUGGCUUUUCCACCUCCAGAAAGCCUCUUCUUGUUUAUGAGAAGUCUUUUCCUCAUAAAUAAACAAAUUGUCCAAGGUCUGGUGAAUGAGUGCUAAGUGUGAGGACGUGACCAACUGCAGUGACUGGCCCAGCAUCUUGUUCCUUUGGCAGGAAACCAAACAGAACCUGCUCUGACAGUGUGACCAGGUGCACCUCGCUUCAUGAAAAAAGCCUCUGACUGAAAACCUUCAUGGAAAUCAGAUAUUUGCAAUCAAAAUCUAAUUUUUUCACUAAAUUGUAAUUUACCUUACCUAUUAUCAUACCAUAUUAUAAUAACUAUAAAGUUUUAACAAACAACAACACUUUCACUCCCACCUAAAAAAACAUUCUUUUCAUUUGUGUGUUUCCAGCACUUGAUUAUGAGCAGACAUCUUUUAUUAUUCUAUUCUAUUCUGUUUUAUAAUCCUAUUAUGAAUUAUUAUGUGGAUAAAAUUAUGUAUACUAUUUUAAACCAUAGUAUUACAGAGAUUUUCCCACAUUGCUAGUCUUUAUAUUUUUAACAUUUAAUCUUGUUUUUAUUUCUUUUAAAACUUAGAUCUUUUAAAAAAAUAUAGGCAAUGCAUACACAUGGAAUAAAAUUUAAAAGGUACAAAAUGCUACCAUUGUAAUGUAAGUCUUAUUCCUAUCCCUUUCCCCUGUAAACCCAGUCCCUUUCCUGGAAGACUAAAUGAUGGUAAAUGUCUUAUUUAUAUUCUUCAUAGAUAUUUUGUAUAUAUAUAUAAGCGUACAUUCUUUUUCAUAUAGUAGCAUACUAUACACACAUCCCUUCACUUUGUAAGAUUGUUUCAGGUCAGUAUAUAAAGAACAUCCUCAUUUUUAAAAACGGCUGUGGAGUCAUCCUCAUUUUUCGAAACAGCUGUGGAGUAUUCCGUUCAGUGGAUUUACCAUGACUUAUUUAGCUAGCCCCCUAUUGAGGAUGUUUAGGUUAUUACUAAUCUUUUUCUCUUACAAAUAAGGCUGCAAUGAGGAUCCCUGUAUAAAUGUGCAUGUGUGUCUGUGUGUGUGUCUGCAUAUUGUAUCACACACGGUGAGCACAGAGUUUGCGUUUCUAGAAGUGAUUUUCUGAGUCAAAGGACAUGUGCAUUUUUAUUUUAAUAGAUAUUAUCAUAUUGCCUUUCAUAAAACAUACCGAUUUAUAUUCCCAUUGGCAAUGUACAAUGCCUGAAUUUUAAAUGUUCUAGCAUCUUAGAUUUUUCUUCAUCUUUAAAGCUUUUUAUUAUAAAAUCUUUCAAACAUACAACAAACCCCAUGAACCCCAUGUAUGCAUAACGCAGGUAAAACAAUCAACUCAUGGCCAUUCUUAGUUUAUCUAAACCAGUGCCUAUUUCCUGCCUCCUCCCUGGAUUGUUGUGAAGCAAAUCACAGGUACCAUAUUAUUUCAUGCAUAAGUAUUUCAGUAUGUAUUCCCAAAAGAUAAGGACUCUUUAAAAAAAACAUAACCACAGUAUGUCAUUAACACAUAUAAAAAAUACUUAUUCAAUAUCAACAAAUAUUCAGUUAAUAUUCAGAUUUCUUUCUUUCUCCCUCUUCCCCCGCUCCCUCCCUCCCUCCGUCCUUCCUUCCUUCCUUCCUGUAGUUGGUUUGUUCAAACCAGGAUUCAAACAAGGUCUACACACUGAAUUUGGCUCAUAUGUCUCAUAAAUGUCUCUUUUCACCUACGGUUCCCCCGCCAUCUUUUUUAUCUUUUUCUCCUGCGUUUCCUGAAGGUUAAAAAGUAGAUCCUGACAAUUGGCAUGAUUCAGGUAUGAUUUUUUUUAGCACAUCUGCUUUGUAGGUGAUGGUGUGUUCUUACAUCAAGUAACAUGUAGUAUCUGUUUUGGGGGUUUUUUUUCCUCUUUUUUUUUUGUGAUGACUAUGCCCUAGAUUCAUUAUUUUAUUAGGGGUUUGCAAGAUGUGAUACUCCGAUUCUAUCAUUCCUUCUUCACUUACCAGCUGGAAUACGUCUAUAGACCUGGCAGGCUGAGUGCAAAAGAACUCAACAUGUCCGGUAGCAUUAGUGUUAUUAGCAUUUUAUUAGAUUUUUAGUUUUGUUCAUUUUCAUUAAAAUUUGUAUUGAAUAAAUACUAUGUAAAA